CCUGAUGCUUCACGGCUAUCCUGUUCUGAUGAGAUGCUUGCAGGACGGCGGCUACUGGAAGGGUUCAACCUCCGCCAGAGCGCACCAUCGCUGGACAAUUCCUCUGGCGCUGUUAUGCUGCAAGCCCUCUACAACUACCAGUAUAAGUCUGAGGAUGGGAGGCAGGUGACCAUUGCAGAAGGCGAGAUCUUCCAGCUUAUGCACAAGGCCAAUGAGGACUGGUGGCAGGUGCGACGGCUUGGUCAGCCCAAGCAGAAGCGACCCAUCUUUGUGCCUGCCAGCUACAUGAUUGAAGUGCCCCCUGGCACAAGGGCAGCCCGCCUGGAAAAUACUACACAGCAUCCUGGCAUCAAUGCAGAGCAAGGUGGUGGCACUGCUCACUUGGAAGUGCUGUCUUACUCUCUGGUAGACCUCUGCAUGGAACCACACACCCCGCCUUUCCACCACGUCAGCCUCAUGUCCUGCCACAGCCUCCCUCUGCGUUCCCGUCGCUCGUCUCUGGGCAGGAGUCGCAGCACAAGCGGCUUGCCCCAAACUGGUGACGCAAGGCAGGAGCAGAGUUCAGAGGAGCAGCUGCUGGCAAGCUGCGGCCAAGAGAUGUUAGAUGAUACUCACCUGCCUCCCCAUCGUCCCGUUGGGGAAAAGACCCCAAUUUACUGCAACCUGGAGGAGAUGAAGCAACUAGCAACAAUGCCCCCCAGCCCUCGCAGCCCCCCACUGCAGGUGCUGGACACCUGGGAGCACCACAUAGAUUCUGGUUCCCUGCGCAGUUACUAUUACAAGCCAGUAACGGGUGAGAAGUCAUGGAAACCACCACGAAGGAACCAAGAGAUGCGCUUGAUACAGGCAGAGGGAAACAGCCCCUCAGCCCCUGUAGACCCUCCUCUGGGCGAAACACUGGACAAAGACCCAGACGGAGCAGAGAGGGGUGAGCUGGAGGCUGGGAGUCAGGGUCUCCGGACCAGGGACAAGAAGCUGAGCUACACCAAGUCCAUGGUGCUGCCAGAGACGCAGGUGUCCAAGGGAAGUCAUCGCCGGAACCUUUCGCAACACAGUUGUGAGGCCUGGCUAGAGGAAUACCCUGCACUGCCAGGAUCUGCCAAUGGUUCCCCCACAGAGAGCCCUGACCUGCUGCAUAUGGUGGAGAAAACCGGACAGCUGAACAAAACCAAGAUUGCAGAAGGAGGCCGAAAACUCAGAAAGUGUUGGGCAUCUUCGUGGCUGGUGUUGGCUGGGAACAGUCUCAUGUUCUACAAGGACCCCAAGGUGGCAGCUGCAUGGACUCCAGCCAGUAGCCGGCCUGAAAGCAGUGUGGAUUUGCGUGGGGCCCGCAUUGAUUGGGCCAGGGACUUGUCCAGUAAGCGGAAUGUCAUCCAUUUCCGCACCGUGACAGGCAAUGAGUAUCUCCUGCAAUCAGGCAGUGAGGCUGUCAUCCAAGACUGGUACCAGGCAAUCAGAAGGGUCAUCCGUAGGCUGGAUCAAGAGAACCCUCUGCAUGAGCCACUUCUGUAUCCACUCUGCCGGUCCAACAGUGCUGAACUUGUGGAUCUCAGUGCUGAUGAUGACGAGGAGCCGGGUGCUCUGAAGAAUGAGGCGCAGGCAGCGCCCUCGAGUCCGGACAGAGCCUACAAGAAACGGGUCAAGAGCAAGCUGAGGCGCUUCAUAGCAAAACGGCCGCCACUGCGGAGUUUGCAGGAAAAAGGACUGAUCCGAGACCAGGUCUUUGGUUGCCGGCUAGAAGCCUUGUGCCAACGGGAAGGGAGCACCGUCCCACGUUUUGUCCAGCUGUGUGUGGAAACUGUGGAACAGAGAGGACUGGAUGUAGAUGGAAUCUACAGGGUCAGUGGGAACUUGGCCGUUAUUCAAAAGCUGAGAUUCAUAGUUGAUCGUGAGCGGGCCGUGACCUCAGAUGGGCGCUACGUCUUCCCCGAGCAAGAGGAGAAGCUGCGCCUCAGUGACCCACAAUGGGACGAUGUGCAUGUGGUAACAGGGGCCCUCAAGCUUUUCUUCCGGGAGCUGCCUGAGCCACUGGUUCCUUACAGCCUCUUUGAUGAAUUUGUGGCUUGUGUCAAGUUGUCUGAACCCAAGGAAAAAGUAUCCAAGCUUGCAGGACUGAUCCAGAGCCUCCCCCAACCGAACCAGGACACACUGCAUUAUUUACUGAAGCAUCUUCGCAAAGUGAUGGAGCACUCAGAUAUCAACCGGAUGACGACACAGAACAUUGGCAUUGUCUUUGGUCCAACACUCCUGAGACACGAGCGAGAUGCAACCAGCCUGGUGGAGGGCAUGGUGUACCAGAACCAGGUGGUGGAGCUGCUCCUUACUGAAUUCCCCAGCAUCUUUGUGGCCCCAGGUGCUGAAUGACAUGGCUGGCACCUAAAUCUCAGAGGCUGACGGUUUUAUCUUGAAGGCGCACUAGAUCGCGGAUCAUCUAGUCCUGGGGCAAAGGACUGGCUCUGAGCACCUCUGACCUGGCAUUUGCUAUUAGACCAGUACUGCUUGGCAUCAGCUUCUUGCGGUGUGGAUUUCUAGGUGGCUUGGGCUCUGCAGGGUCAUAAUCCAGGAUCUUGAGACCGAGUCAAAUUUAGAAGCUGGUGCACCGUAGGGGAAGGUGUUCUCUACCUACUACCCCCCACAAAGAACUAUUUCCGACGCCUCAAAUGUAGCUGAGGCAAAAUGAAGCGGAGACUGGCAGCACUUGGACCUAGGCCCACAGGGUCCAGCACGAUUCCUUGAGUAUGAAUGUGAAAAGAGAAGGCUGUCGAAAACAGGCUCCCCGUUAACCCUGCCCCUCUGACAUCACCAUUCAGCCAAGUUCAGCAGCUCAUUCUCUUGAGCCAACGGUUAUGUUUUCUCCACAUGACUUGCUGCCUCCGAUGUGUAAGGCACCUUUGCUCUGUUUUUGCACCCUUCUGCACCAGUUCCUCAUUUUGUCCUUGCAGUAAAGUCAUGCAGUAAAGCAUACAUCCUCUAGGACAGGAACAAGGAACCAGUGCCUGUCUUAAGAGGUUUCUGGUCCACAGUUCCUAUUGUCCCUGACCAUUGGCUAUGCUGCCUGGGGCCAAUAGGGUUUUGGAGUCCAGCAUCUUCUGAAAGGAACCAGCUUCUUUAUGCCUGCUCUAGGUGUCCUUCGUGACUCAUAAUGUUAGGGCACACCAGUACUUUUAAAUUAAAAUAAAAAGGUAAAACUACUUUGAAACUGCCAUGGUUUCCUGCAAACAACCCUAGGAACUAUAGCUUAAUGAAGCUGUUGAAUUUUCUGUACUGGAGAUCCAGUACAGGUUUUUUUGGUCCAGAGCUAUGACAUUCCACUCUAAUUCUGUGGCUCUCUGAAUUGUUUGGGUCAUAGCUUAUGGCAGCCUUCCCCAAUCUGUCACUCUCAAUAUGUUUUGGACUAUAGCUCCUGUCAGCUUCAGUCACCAUGACCAAAGCCCAGGAUCAAUGGGAGUUAUAGUCCAACAAUCUCUGAAGGGCACCAGGUUGGGAAGGCUGGCUCAUGGCAUGCAAAGAGGUUUGCAUUUAACAACUCACCUGGUAGCCCUAGUUGAUCAAGAAUCUCUUGUGGGCAAGUGAGCACACUGGCAGAAAAGAAAUGGACCACUCUUUGUCUCCUCUGCCAACCUCAGCCAUGGAGGAAGAAGGUUGGUGGAAUGGAGAAAAAGUUAUCCAGCCCAGACAGUGGAAGUCCUUUUUUGGGGGGGUGAGUCUUAAAAGUUAGUAGCCAGUCUUCCCAUGCCCACUAUGGAGACAGUGGCUACUACCCUCAUAGCAAACACAUUUUUGUUUGUUUUGUUUCUGUUUU